UUCUGGAGGAUGCACGAUUUCUCUUGGGGUCAAACACGUGUGACGAAGGGAGGUUUGAUCUCGAGCCUAUUCCUCUCAAAUCAUGGAACAUCAGGAAAACGAGCUCUGGGACAAGGAAUCGGAUCACAGCAUCGGGUCCUGGGUCCCUCAAACCAAAGCACAAGAAUGUCAUGCACAUUCUCGCACUGCUUCUUCAAAGGGCCGAGAAACUUACUACGACAUCUCAGCUCGGCAUAUACCCAUCUCCAGGACACCCAUCAGGUUCCAAUCAGUUUGCAAUACCCCACAGUCCAUUUCCAACCAAUGAGCAACGGAAGGCAUGUCCACCAGCCUGCCUCGUCGCGCCCUCCCGCCAGCUAGCUGUAUAUGCCAAUACCCAUGGUUGGCAGUCCAGAUACCUUCAUUUUGUUGGUGGUGGCGCAACCAGUGGCUUCGAGCUCGAGCGGCCCGUACAAGAAUAUAUGCAAUUUGCAGAUCUCAACUCCGUGACGAAACACAAGAUUUGGCGCCAGCUCGAGGAACACUUCGACAUGGACCUGACUUCUUGCAAGGAGAUAUCAACGCUGCGAUUGAUAGAAUUCUGCUCAAUCAGGCGCGAUCGCAGGUGAUUGUUGGAAGGUCGACCUCUGAACAAUGUACCUGUUACUCCGCUCAUGCUUGGCGCCCAGUAACACUCCUUUUCUGUCUCUUCCUCAACUUGUUGGUAUUUUGA